ACCAUAUUGCCACUACAUCGUUCUUUCUUCUCCUUUCGUUUCCAAUUCUCAUUUCUUCUCACCCUUCGGCUUUGGACAAAUGAAAUCAUCCAUAAAAGCUCUGGCAAUCGCCUUUGGGGCAUGGUUGACGAUAUCCAAUGGCUUUCUCAUGGUUGCCGGUGGCAGCUACAACUACAAGGAAGCACUCACAAAGUCAUUGUUGUUCCUUGAGGCCCAGCGGUCUGGGAAGCUCCCACCCAAUUCUAGGAUCCCUUGGAGAGGUGACUCGGCUCUUGAUGAUGGGAAGCGUUCUAAUGUGGAUCUUGUAGGAGGGUAUUAUGAUGCAGGAGACAAUGUAAAGUAUGGGCUACCCAUGGCCUUCACCAUCACAACUCUUGCUUGGUCUGCUCUUGCUCACCAGGCUGAGCUAGAAGCCACAGGGGAGUUGAAGAAUGUGCAUGCUGCUAUUCGUUGGGGAACAGAUUAUUUUCUUAAAGCUAGCUCCAAGCGUAAUAAAUUGUGGGUUCAGGUGGGAGACCCAAAUGCGGACCAUCAAUGUUGGGUGCGACCUGAGAACAUGAACACACCAAGGACCCUGUACAAAAUCGAUGAAAAUGAUCCAGGGACAGAGAUUGCAGCAGAGACAGCUGCUGCUAUGGCUGCUUCUUCCAUAGUAUUUAGAGGCAAUGACCGCAAGUAUGCCCGUAGCCUCCUCAACAAAGCCAAGCUGCUCUUUGAGUUUGCAAAGAACCACCAAGGAACCUAUGAUGGGGAGUGCCCAUUCUACUGCUCCUUUUCUGGUUACAAUGAUGAAUUGCUGUGGGCAGCUUCGUGGCUAUUCAUGGCUACAAAAAGAGAUGUUUAUAGGAAAUAUAUCACUGGGGAAGCCAUCACUGCUAGUGUAGCUGAGUUCAGUUGGGAUCUAAAGUAUGCCGGUGCCCAAAUUCUUCUAUCAGAUUCAAACCUAACCGGGGAGGAUGGUCUCCAAAACUUCAAGACACAAGCCGACAACUUUGUUUGUGCUGUGCUGCCGGAUAGUCCAUUCCACCAAAUAUAUAUCUCUCCAGGGGGAUUGAUUCAUCUCCGAGAUGGAGCUAACACACAAUAUGUCACCGGCACUGCAUUCUUGUUCAGUAUUUACAGCGACAUUCUCGCCAAGAACCAUCAAACAGUCUCUUGCGGGAACCAAGUGAUCCACCCCACUCGCCUAAGGGAGUUUGCCAAGCAGCAGAUGGAUUAUCUCUUGGGCAGCAACCCUAGGAGCAGGUCCUACAUGGUUGGCUUCGGCAACAAAUCCCCAACGCAAGCCCACCACCGUGGUGCGUCUGUGCCGGUGCUCUCACCGGAGAAGAAGGUCGACUGCGGCACGAGCUUCGUAAACUGGUAUCAGAAAAACCAACCCAAUCCUAACGAGCUCACUGGUGCCAUUGUUGGUGGCCCUGAUCGCUACGACAACUUUGAAGACCUGCGUUCAGACUCGUCCAAGCUCGAGCCUUGCACCUACAUAAACUCCCUCGCCGUCGGCCCCCUUGCCAAGCUAGCUGUGCAUGGCGCCUGAGCUCGCUCGACGCAGUGUCCAAAUGCUACCAAUGGUUCGCUCAUGCGAAGAUGGAGCCUCUCAUGUGUUGCUAUUUUCUGAACUCCGGAGAGAUGCGUAGCGUCCUGCGCCUGGGUUCCUUCAUGUUGGUAGUUUGGUUCGUGCAUGGCUGCAUGGCUGCAUACGUUUAUUAAUUAACAGAUAAUAGAUAGAUAGGCUUCUUCAGAGAUAGAUAUCUUUGACGUUGCUUUAGCUAAAUGUCAUAUCUUGAAAUGUAUGUCAUAUUUUUAAUUACUCAGAAAAAUGGUUAUUAGUUUAUACAUUCAUUUAUUUUCUACUAGCAA